UUUGAUUAUAAUUGGAAAUUUUUCUUAUUCAUCAUAUUGUUAGAUGAAUUACCCUAAAGAUUAUUUGUUGAUAUUUUUCUCUGCAUUAUUGGCAUUUAUUCGUUCAAUACGAAAUGAUUUCGUUUUUGAUGAUCAAGAAGCAAUUAUUAAGAAUAGAGAUCUUAAAAAUUUGGAUGACAUUUUUUCAUUGAAUGUAUUUCAACAUGAUUUUUGGGGCACAGAUAUCGACGCCGAUUCAAGCCAUAAAUCUUAUAGGCCAUUCACUGUGAUUAUAUAUCGUUUGAUUGCAAAGUUUAUCGCAAUCGAUAAUCAAACAUCGUUAUCAUCAUCUAAAUCUUUAGAUCCAUUUCCAUUUCAUUGUAUAAAUGUAUUGGCAUAUUGUUUUUGCUGUUGUUAUUUGUAUCUAAUCAUUAAAAAUUGGUUAAGAUCACGACUAAUAUGUCAUGGAGAAUUCCGUCAACUUGCAUUGAAAAUUACUCUAUUUUUCACCAUACAUCCACUUCAUUGUGAACCGGUAUCCACUUGUGUAGGAUUGGCUGAUAUAUUAUCGGCAUUAUGUUCAUUGGUUUCAUUGAAUUUUUUCAUAUCGAAUCUCAAUCUAUACGAUUCACAUUCACAUAAAUCAUCGAUAAAAUGGAUCAUAAUUCAAUUAAACAUUAUAUUAUUUGCAUUUGCAUCAAUGUUUUUCAAAGAGCAAGGAAUCACCAUAUUGGGUUUUGUUCUGAUUCUUAUCAUACAAUUAUGGCUAAAAUCUUGGCUAACCAGUGAUAAAAAUAUUCGACAUUUAAGAUUAUUAUCUACCGUUUUUAUUUAUCUAUUUACGAUUGUUGGAUUUCUUUAUCUUCGAUUAUGGAUCAUGAAUUUUAAAUUACCUCGUUUCAGCCGAAUGGAUAAUCCUGCUUCUCAUAUGACAAGUUCAAUAUUUCGAUUCAUCAAUUAUAAUUAUUUUUAUUUAUUGAAUACUGUGAUCAUUCUCUGUCCAAUUUGGCUUUCAUUCGAUUGGUCAAUGGGAUGUAUACGUUUAAUCGAAACAUUCGUUGAUUAUCGUUUUCUGUUGGUCAUUUUAUUCUGGAUUAUCACAAUAAUUGUCAUUUGCAAAAUUCUUUUUUCAUCACCGAAUUUAUUGCCAUUUAUUUUGUUUACAAUCGUUACAUUUUUACCAUCAUCGAAUAUAUUUUUUCCAGUUGGUUUCGUUAUUGCUGAACGUAAUCUAUUUCUUCCGAUUCUGGGAUAUUGUGCCUUUUUUGUUCAUUGUCAUUAUCGUUUGAGCAAAUUAUUAGCACCACAUUUUUGUACAUUGCUCAAUAAUUCUUUCUACCUGUUGCUUAUUAUUUUUACUAUUCGAACAUAUCAACGAUGUGGAGAUUGGAAUGAUGAAUUGAAAUUGUACGAACUAGAUGCCCGGAUUUGUCCGGAAAAUGCCAAAAUUUAUUAUAAUAUUGGAAAAAUUUCUGCCGAUAUGGGCAAUCGAUUGAAAGCUAUUGAUUAUUAUCGUCGAUCAUUGAUGCUUUAUGAAAACUAUACAAAUGCAUUGAAUAAUUUGGCAAACAUUAUGAAAGAAGAUCCCGAUGGAUUGGAUGAAGCCAAACAACUUCUUCAACGUGCUUGUCAAUUAGAUCCCAAAUUUGCAACUGGUUGGAUGAAUUUAGCAACCAUUGAAAUGGCAUUAGGAAAUUUUGAUCAAUCAGAACGUUAUUUUUAUCGUGCUUUAGAUAUUCGUCCUGAUCAUGCAAACACUCAUUUCAACAUGGGAAAUUUGUAUAUCAAACAAAAAAAAUUCAAAGAAGCAGAAAAUUCUUUACGUCGUGCCAUUGAAUUGAAUAGAAAAUUUACAAAAGCUUGGCAUAAUUUGAUUCUAAUGAAACAGAAUGACCAAUCAUUCGAUAUGGCAUAUGAAUUGGCCACAAAAGCAUUGACUGAAUUAUCCAAUGAUGAUAGUUUACAUUUUCUAAUGGCUAACAUUUGUGGCCAAUAUUUGCAAAAAUUUUCAAAAGCUGAACAUCAUUUUCAUGAAGCAAUACGAUUACGGCCAAAAAAUCCAAUCUAUUCAAAUAAUUUAGCCGUUCUAUAUCAUCGAAUCGGUAGAUAUUCGGAUGCAAUCCAAUAUUAUCGACAAACACUACGACUGGAUCCAAGCCAUAAGAAUGCAAAAAAUAAUUUGAAUAAAUUAUUGAAAAAGACAAAAUGAAAAACUUUUUUUUUUUUUAUUCAAUUCAA